AGUCCUUAAUCUCGCACGGUGUUUCAACGCCGCCUGCAUCUUCGAAUUAGAUCGCAUUCUACCUUCGGAUUCUGCCAUGGCGACCGAGACCGAGACCUUUGCUUUCCAGGCGGAGAUCAACCAGCUUCUCAGCCUCAUCAUCAAUACCUUCUAUUCCAACAAAGAGAUCUUCCUUCGCGAGCUCAUAAGCAACUCCUCCGAUGCCUUGGACAAGAUUCGGUUCGAGAGCCUCACGGACAAGAGCAAGCUCGAUGCUCAGCCUGAGCUCUUUAUCCAUAUCAUUCCAGACAAGGCAACCAACACCUUGUCUAUCAUCGAUAGCGGUAUCGGCAUGACGAAGUCCGAUCUUGUUAACAAUCUUGGUACAAUUGCUCGGUCUGGUACAAAGGAGUUCAUGGAGGCUCUCGCUGCUGGGGCUGAUGUCAGCAUGAUUGGUCAAUUUGGAGUAGGGUUCUAUUCUGCAUAUCUGGUUGCUGAGAGGGUCGUGGUCACGACCAAGCACAACGAUGACGAGCAGUACGUUUGGGAGUCUCAAGCAGGGGGUUCCUUUACGGUUACACGGGAUACCUCAGGGGAGAACCUCGGAAGAGGAACAAAGAUAACUCUUUUCCUCAAGGAGGAUCAGUUGGAAUAUCUUGAGGAACGGCGCCUCAAAGACUUGGUCAAGAAGCACUCUGAGUUCAUCAGCUACCCCAUCUCCCUGUGGACUGAGAAAACCACAGAGAAAGAAAUCUCAGAUGAUGAGGAUGAAGAAGACAAGAAAGACACUGAGGAAGGCAAGGUGGAAGAUGUUGAUGAGGAGAAGGAAGAGAAAGAGAAGAAAAAGAAGAAGAUCAAGGAGGUUUCCCAUGAAUGGUCAUUGGUCAACAAGCAGAAGCCUAUCUGGAUGAGGAAGCCUGAAGAGAUCACAAAGGAAGAGUAUGCUGCUUUCUACAAGAGUCUCACCAAUGACUGGGAGGAGCAUUUGGCUGUGAAACACUUCUCGGUUGAAGGCCAACUUGAGUUCAAGGCAGUUCUGUUUGUGCCUAAAAGGGCUCCCUUUGAUAUCUUUGAUACAAGGAAGAAGCAAAACAAUAUCAAGCUUUAUGUUCGUCGUGUUUUCAUCAUGGACAACUGUGAGGAAUUGAUUCCUGAGUACUUGAGCUUUAUCAAGGGAAUUGUAGACUCCGAGGACCUUCCCCUCAACAUCUCAAGAGAGACACUCCAGCAAAACAAAAUCCUCAAGGUUAUCCGCAAGAACCUGGUGAAGAAAUGUAUUGAGCUCUUCUUUGAAAUUGCUGAGAACAAGGAGGAUUACAAUAAGUUCUAUGAGGCAUUCUCAAAGAAUCUCAAACUUGGUAUUCAUGAAGACUCUCAGAACAGGUCGAAGAUUGCUGAGUUGUUGAGGUUCCACUCCACCAAGAGUGGUGAUGAGAUGACAAGCCUCAAGGACUAUGUUACAAGAAUGAAGGAGGGCCAGAAUGAUAUCUACUAUAUCACUGGUGAGAGCAAAAAGGCUGUGGAGAACUCUCCUUUCCUUGAAAAGCUGAAGAAGAAGGGCUAUGAGGUUCUGUUCAUGGUUGAUGCAAUUGAUGAGUAUGCAGUUGGCCAGCUGAAGGACUUUGAAGGCAAGAAGUUGGUGUCUGCAACAAAAGAGGGACUGAAGCUGGACGAGAGUGAGGAUGAGAAGAAGAAAAAGGAAGAUCUAAAGGAGAAAUUUGAAGGGCUCUGCAAGGUCAUCAAGGAAGUUCUGGGUGACAAGGUUGAAAAAGUAGUUGUCUCUGAUCGUGUUGUUGACUCACCCUGUUGCCUAGUCACUGGUGAAUAUGGAUGGACUGCAAACAUGGAGAGGAUAAUGAAGGCACAAGCUCUGAGGGACUCCUCCAUGUCUGGUUACAUGUCGAGCAAGAAGACCAUGGAGAUCAACCCAGAGAAUCCAAUCAUGGAAGAGUUGAGGAAGCGAGCAGAUGCUGACAAGAAUGACAAAUCUGUUAAGGACUUGACGCUGUUGCUCUUUGAGACUGCCCUCCUCACUUCUGGUUUCAGCCUCGAUGAUCCUAACACUUUUGGCAACAGGAUCCAUCGCAUGCUCAAGCUAGGUCUCAGCAUCGACGAGGAUGAUAAGGUAGAAGACACUGAAAUGCCUGUCCUCGAGGAAGGCGACGCUGAGGAGAGCAAGAUGGAGGAGGUUGACUAAGCUUUUUGAUGCUCUGCUUGUUUGCUGGAGUUUGGAGUGCUAGUGGACCUAGUGGUAGUGUUUCUUGAUUUUGCCAGUUGGUUGUGUCCUAUCAGUUCAUUGACAAUCUAUUUGUCUUGGUAGUCUAGAAAUCAAUAGCAGUUUUUGAUGGUUUUCUAAUAUCAACUUGGAAUUUUACUUCAAUUACGUAUUGUUUUUGCUAAA